AUGCACACCAAGAAAGUGGCAAGUGUGUCGCUGCUCAUAACAGGCCUGGUCAUUGUGAUACUGGGUGCUAUCAUUGGAAUUGUGCUACAAAACGCAGCAGAGGAGAACAACGAGGAAUUAGUUUGUGUGAACAGCAAAGAAAGCCCGGGAUAUGAAAGAUGGGUGAGUGUUCUGCUGUACUUUUCCGAUGAUCUUCUUAAAGCGUUGACCCUGAGGACACGAACGUCAUUUCUCUUGAUGCAGUUCUUUUGUUUGAAUCGAGUGUUUUUACUGUGCGUUUUAAACUAAGGGAGACUUGAAGAGCUCAGGAUGUUUAACAAUGUUUAGUUGAACUGAUGUUUAAUGGUCGCUGUGUGUUGGACAUUUCUAGGCAAGUCCGGGUUAUUUUACAAUUAGAGCUCAUUACUGGAACAUCCCCAACAAGGCCUGA